UAUAAUGAACCCGCUUGUAAUGAACUUCCGGCUAUAGUGUACUGUAUUUCAAGUAACGAAAUUUUUUCCAUAUAUCUAAUGUAUUUUUUUUCGGUUAUAAUGAACCACUGAAUCCGCUUGUAAUGAACUUUCGGAUAAAAUGAACUAAAUAUUAUUCAAAAUAAAGUGCAGUUUUCCGUUUAUAAUGAACUUUUCGGGGAUUCCCUGAUUUACGCGCUACGCAUUUCCCCACCAACUUGCUUUCUGUGCCAGUCGAUUCUUGGUCACUGUGUCGAAGUAGCGCUACAUAAGUACUUACUUGUGUAAUAACAUUGUUCGAAAUGGAAAAACAAAAACGUAAAGCUCUAACCUUAAAGGACAAGUAUGAUAUUAUACAAAAAAUACAAAGUGGUGUUAAACAACGCGAUGUUAGCCAGGAAAUGAACUUGAUAAAAUCCACUGUUUCUAUGAUAUGGAAGCAAAGAGAAGCCAUUUUAUCAGCGUAUGGUCAGGGAAAUUCUACGUGUAAAAAAAUGAGAAAAUCAAAGCACCAUGAAAUGGAUCAAGGGCUUCUUAAGUGGUUUACACAAAAAAGACAAGAAAACGUUCCUGUAAGUGGUAUUAUUCUACAAGAAAAAGCUAAUGAAAUGGGUAGUAAAAUCGAAAACAAAGACUUCAAGUGUUCUAAAAGUUGGAUUGAACGUUUUAAAAGAAGACAUAAUAUCCGAACAGGAAAAAUUGUGGGUGAGUCUGCAGCAGUAGAUUUGAAUGUUGUUAAUGACUGGUUAACUAAUGUUUGGCCUCAUAUUCGGAAAAACUAUGACAAUGAAGACAUUUUUAACGCUGAUGAGACAGGGCUCUUUUAUCAAAUGACUCCUGAUAAGACUUUAAAAUUUGUGGGAGAAAGUUGUGCUGGAGGAAAGUUAUCUAAAUUGAGGAUUACAGUUUUAGUAGCUGCCAAUAUGUCUGGAACAGAAAAAAGGAAAUUGUUGGUUAUAGGCAAAUCUGCCAAUCCUAGAUGUUUCAAAAAUAAACAAUUGCCCGUAAAAUACAAAUCAAACCGUAACGCGUGGAUGACCUCUGAAAUUUUCACAAAUGAACUGCUUGAAUGGGAUGAACAAUUAAAACAAAAAAAUAGGAAAAUUGUACUUUUAGUUGAUAACUGUACAGCUCACCCUGAGAUUAAACUAAACCAAAUUAAAUUAGUUUUUAUGCCACCGAAUACGAGUUCAAAAUUACAACCGAUGGAUCAAGGUGUAAUUCAUUCAUUAAAGAGCCAUUAUAGGAAAAUUUUACUCGCGCAGAUGAUAGAGGCUAUGGACAACGGAAAAACAUUUUCAGUUAGCAUUUUAGAUGCUGUAAAUUUUAUUCACAUGGCUUGGCAAAAGGUUAGCAAAGAUACAAUAGCAAACUGUUUCAAGCAUGGAGGAUUUUCUGAAAAAAGUGCUGAAUUUGAUGCAGACGAUGAGCUUCCCCUAACAGAAUGGUUAAAAAAACAUGAAGAUGAUCCUGGACUUAUUUUCACAGAUGUGGAUAAUGCAAUUGAAAUUGCAGUGCAAGAGAAAAUCGGGGAAUUUAAUUUUGAAGAAUAUGUGGAAAUUGAUAACGACAUAACGGUAACAGAAAGACUAACUGACGAGCAGAUUAUAGAAUCAGUGACAUCAGUCAUGGCAACAAGUGACGAGGCCGAGGGUGAGGAAAAUGAGUCUGAUGAAGAUGUUGAUGUUUAUGUUCCUUCUCUUAAUGAAAUGGCGCAAAAAAUGGCAGAGACUCGCAACUUUUUAGAAUCGCGCACUGUUCCGGAGCCUAUAUGGAACAGCUUUUGCAACCUCGAACGCUAUAUUAGUGACAUUCACUUUUCUAAUAGAUAUGUACAGACAAAAAUAACUGAUUUUGUCAAGUAGACUUGUGUUUAUGUGACGUCUUGUUAUAUGUAAUUACAUAAAUAGCUAUGUUUUUUUUUAUUUUUAGUUUAUAAACCAAGAAAUAUUUUUUGAAUUGUUCCCAACGUAGAAUUGAAGUAAAUUGAAUUUAAACAAACGCAGUUUUUAUUUUUCCGUUAAUAGUGAACUUCGGAUAUAAUGAACUAGUUUUGUUACAUUUUUUGAGUUCAUUAUAACCGGACGCUACUGUAAAUUAAUGAGGAUAAA